GUGCGUGUGGGGCGCGGCGGGGACGGGCGGGUGCGACCGACGGGCCGUGCCGGGGCCCCGCUGCCCUGCCCGGCAUGGGGCGACCCCUGCCCGGCACGGGCCCGGGGAUGGUACCCGCAGCCCCGCCCGUAGCGCCCCGAGGGAGCCGCAGGAGCCCGGCCAGAGGCAGCAGGAUUGUGACUUAUACUUACACAGUCAGCAACUGGAACAAUGCCAGAUUCUGAAAGUAAAUUGGUGUCUUCACAUGAGGUUGUUGUAAAUCGUACUUCAGACUUGAGUGAAAUGAAAAUUCCAGCUGAAAAAAGAUCUGCUGAAAAAAGAACAGUGACUCACGUUGAGAAGAAUGGCUAUCCUGAUUCCAUAUACAUAAAUGCAGCUAAGAUUUUUCAAGGCAUUCAUACUGAAAAGAGUAAGGAUAGAAUGCUUGUGCAGUAUGGCGAUAACUCAGAAUCUCCCAUGAUGGCUUUUAAAGAUGAGCAUUCCAGGCGUGUAUCUUAUGAACUGGCUUUCAAUGCUCUAAAAUAUCAAGAUCUUCUUGAACAAAUCUUGUUAGAUAGUAGUGCUUACCCAUGCUACUCAAUACCAGAUGAGUUAACCAGCUUGCUUGUUGUGAUGCUUUAUGACCUACAAGACCGAAAGUUUCAAGAACGAAAGAUUUUUGAUGAAGAUGAACUUGUAGCAGAAGUUCAGGAAGUAGGGCAAUAUUUAUACAGUUAUAGAACCAAAUUGGCAGCUGCACUAGCACGAUGUCGCAUCAAACAUGAUGCUCUUUCAAUUGAAUACUUUGUACCAGAAACCAUAUGGAAGCAGGAACAAAGGGCCUCUGCUUUACCUGUCUGUGUUUGGAUAAACACAUUUAAAAUCAGCCUUGAAGAUGUUAUCAAAGAUUUGGAGAUGAAGGGACUCACAAAGGUUGAAUCUGUGUCAGACUUUGACCAUUACACGUUUGCUGUGGACCAACAUUGCCACGAUGUAUUGGUUUUUCCUUCCUCUCUUAGAGAAGAACUGCUUAAUUUAGAUCUUUUUGCAGAUUGCAAACUCUUACUGCAGGAUAAGUCUCGCAGCCUCGCUGUACACUCCGCACAGGCGCUGUUGAGUGAAGGUGGUGACAUUAUAGUGGCUCACGUAGGUUCCCAUCUGACCAUUGCCCAUAUGUCAGUGCUGACAAAUCACAGCAUGUCCACAAUUUUUGUUUGUGGUGUGAAAUCUUCAGCAAGAGAAGAACUGAGGAACAGUUUCAGUCAUAUGGGAUGUGAAAAUAUUCAGUUGUUACAUGAAGACUUUACUGAGCUUGAACCAACAGACCGAAGACUUCAAAAGGCAAAAGUUAUUUUGCUGCUACCACAAUGCUCUGGACUGGGUGUUGGCAAUCCAAUGGAGUUUAUUUUAAGUGAGAACAGAGAUGCAGGAUUGCUACAAGACCUUUUCCAGGGAUUUGUGUCUGAGGAUAAACUCAGUAUUCUUGCUGAGAGGCAGCUUAACGAGUUGAUUCAUGCACUGAAAUUUAACAAAGUACAAGCUAUUGUUUACUGCACUUGUUCAGUUUAUCCAGAAGAAAAUGAACUAGUAGUGAAAAAAGCACUGGAAUCUGGAGUGGAGGGAGAUAAAGCACGACGAUAUAGGCUUAUUCCUUCUGUUUUUUCUACUUGCUCCAAUUCAGAGGCUUCCACUGAAAUGUUUUUCAAAAUGGAGCCAUCAGAAAUUUCCAGUGGUUGUUUUCUAGCUGUUCUACAGAGAGAGAAAAAUACUUCUAAAAAGGUGUCUGCUAAAGACAUUUUGGCUUCUGCUGCAGCAAAAGGACUACUAGAUGGCAUUGUUGAAGAAAAACCAAAAGAAGAGGUGAAAAAGCAGAAAGUAAAACGACGUCGACGUAAGGUUACUGCUAGUGAUAGUAAGCCAAAAGCUGCAAAGCUCCUUCACCGCCAAACUGGAGCUAAUGUUAAGGCUGAAGUUUCUGUGUCUAAAGCAGCCAGUAAGAUACAAGAAAAGCAUGUGUGUGUGUGCCGAAAAAAACCAGCCAGUAACAUACAAGAAAAACAUGUGUGCCACACAAAAGCAGCCAGUAGCAUACAAGAAAAGCGAAAAAAAGCAGCCAGUAACACACCACAGAGGACUGUGCACCGAAAAAAAGCAGUUAGUAACACACCACAGAAGACUGCACACUGAAAAAAAGUAGUCAGUAACAUAUCACAGAAGAAUGUGCACCAGAAAAAAGUAGUCAGUAACAUACAACAAAAAAACGUGCACCAAACAAAAGCAGUCAGUAACAUAUCUGUGCCUAAAGCAGUCAGUAACAUACAGCAAAAAAAUGUGCCCCAAACAGAGAGCUGUGUUCAGCUGAAGAAAUCUGUGAACCCUGAUUCACACACAGCCCUGUGGAAAGUGCUGGAGCACACAUCUCAUCUGUCACCUCUGGGCAAGGCGUAUAAGAGACAGACACCUGCUCGAAAGGCAUGUGCAGAACAGAACAGGGUUUACUGAAGCCCCCAACCAUCACCUUGCCUCCACUGGUAACACCAUAUGAAAGGUUGUAAGGAAACAAACCCAGGGUAUCAACUUACCAUUGCUUUCAUGGCCAGACUAGAGCACAGUGGUUGGAUAUUUCCACUACCCCGGUCAAAAAUGGUCAAGCCAACUUGGCUGUAUGAACCUUCAGACUCUGCCCUCCCUUUGUAAAGAAGGUAAAGAUUCCUGUAUAUUAAUCAAUACUCUGACAUUACAGUAUAUUUUUAUGCAAGGAUAAUCUGGCCUUGGGAAAAGAUAUAUUAUGGGCUAUUUAUGUAGAAAUAUCCAUGUUAGAUAGUAACUUUUAAUCCAAUAAUCACACUUUAAUGUGAAUGGAGCUCAGCUGCCUAAGGCUGAUAGACUGGUGGGGGCAGUGAGGUCAAAAAACUACAGCCUCUAGCUACACACUUUAAAGUGACAAGUUAAAUCAUACACCCAACCCCCCACCAUGAUCUAAAUCUGUACAAGUGAUCAGUUUCAAAUUGAUGUUUUUAAAGUGAGAUUGAAUUUUUUGAAGUGGCUUUUUUUUUACAAAUGCUAGAUACCAUUUUUGUGAGUUUCCACUUAGGACUGAUGCAUGGAAAAUAAGCCUUGCAGAGUAAGCCUGUUAGCUCACUUUUAUUUCUAAAACUAGAUGUGAACUUUUGUACAGGAAAGUGGCCAAGUACAUUUAAGCCCCUGCAUAGACUUUCUAGUACUUGCUCUCUUGGUUUCUACUUAAGUGUUCAUUGAAAUAUUAUUAACUGUGAAAAAUUGAUAAAACAUUCUCAUGCUAAAAACACUGAAUUGUCAUAAUGUCACAUCAGACUGUCAUGGUUCAUAACUGCUUUUUAUCAAUUUCUUAACAUAAACAGUUCUUAGUUGAAAAGAGCUGCUACUGUCAAAGUAACAUUUUUAUAAAUGUUACUGCAAGUCAGCUGAAUAAUGACUGGACAAAAAGUAGUUGACUGUCUUUGGAAACAGCCGUGGGCUUCUAAGCUGCUCCCUCUUGCUAGCAAAGACAAAAUAAAAUAACUGUAAAAUAUCUACGAUUGUCUUAUAAUCUGAGGAGAGGAUAAAGGGAGGCACAGAGAUACUUUUAACAACAAAUCUGAUUUGUAUUUGGAACUUGUGAAAAUGAAAUAGAGAGAGCACAGCAAUAUAGAAAGGCAAAGGUAGCUGUGGCCCAGAAGAGAAAUUUUCCUCCAGGCAACCAUUUCAGAUACUUGGGAAGAGUGUUGCUAGGAGUAGACCAAUGUAGUCUGGAACUUAACUGAUUUGACAUACGGGUCUGCAUUGAGACCCACCCAGAGAAAAUGUUAUAACAUCUCUAUUUUUUCUUCACUCACAUCAGUCAGUGUCACUGGAUCAGCAGUACCUUUUAAAGAAAGGAUGUAAAUGAUAUUACACCAGCAGUGUAGACAGCUGGCUCUUGUUCAUCAGAUAAAUAUCCUUGCUUCACUGAAUCAGUGAAAAUUUCUUUUAGCAUUUUAAUCUGAGCCAGCUGUCCUACACAGACAUCCCUCACCUUCUGCAUAUCCCUGUGAGCAAUCCAUGCUCCUUACCCCUUCCAGUGACAUGGUGAAUUCUGCUCUUACUUCUGAAGAAACUUGUAAGGAUAGAUUUAGAUCUGUACACAUGCCAUGUGUAGAAGUGGAAAAAAAGAAAUUCUUAUUGUAUUUCAAAACCAUUUAGGAGGAGAAGAGAUUCUGCAUGUUGGACACUAAGGAGAUUUUUUUUUUCCCAAUAUAGUUGUUAAAUGCUUAAAAUAAACUUAAGAGCUUCUGCAGUUAA